CAAAUUUGGGUUAGAUCUCAUGAAACCAAUCGAGCUGACCUCAUCACUGCACGACAACACAUUUUUCUAAGCAAAUGAAGUCCAUGUAGUUGUAAUAGAUUUUGCCGUCUAAAGCACCAAUUGGCUCGGCUAGGACAAGUCAAUCAACAACAUUGCUAAAACCCAUGCAUGGGCCAUGGCAGUGCAAAAAUAUAUUUGUGGAGAUGUUAUUAAGAGAAAAUGCAUAAGAGAUAUGAAUAUAGACAUAUAUACUGAAGGGUGUAGUGAUCACGUUAAGACUUACCUGUCCACCAAUCUGUCACUCUUUAUUUUACACAACUUCUUUAUUAUUAUUCCCUCUCUUUUUUAUAUAUAAUUCAAUUCACUCUUCUUCUCUCUCUAUCUAUAUCUCUGCUCUCUCUCUCUCUCUCUCUUUCUCUCGCAUACACACGAUCCAAUGACAACGAGCAACAACGUGAACGGAUGUUUCGGAGACACGAAGCUGACCAAAGUGUUCGUAGGAGGAUUGGCUUGGGAUACUCACAAAGAAGCAAUGUAUGAUCAUUUCAUCAAGUAUGGUGACAUCUUGGAGGCAGUCAUCAUCUCCGACAAACUCACUCGCCGUUCCAAAGGAUACGGCUUUGUGACUUUCAAAGAUGCGGAAGCUGCCACGAGAGCUUGCGAAGACUCUACUCCGAUCAUCAAUGGCCGCCGUGCCAACUGCAAUCUCGCCUCCCUCGGUGGCCGCCUUCGUAAAUCCCCCACCAUGACCUCUCCUCAACAAGGAACAAAAAAUGGUAACAGGGCCACGCCACCACAUGUUGGAAAUCAUUCUCAAUGGUACUACCCGUCCGGUUUCACAAACCAGCAAUACCAACUUCAACAACAACAUCAAGCCGUUCCUUUCUAUGGGUACCCUUCCGCCUACGUUGCCCCGAACAUGAACUUCAAUCAAAAAGUUGGAUAUGCCGGAGGAACCUAUAUGAACGGAUACUAUGCACAAAUGCAACCACAACCGCAAUCGCAGCCGCAACCGCAAUAUUACCACCAUCACAUGUAUGGUGGAGGACGAGUUAUGGUUGGGGCAGCAAGUCCAAUGGUGCCUUUCUACACUGUCUAUCCUUAUCAUCAAUCUCAAGCCUACGGGUUUCCACCACCUUCCUUUUCGAAACCCCUUUCUUUUUCCACUCCUCCCAUAUCAGGCACAGUUGGAGGAGAGAGCAUACAGAAGAAGGCCAUACAUUGAUAGGCUACAAGCUGUUGAUCAAAUGACUCAGCUAAAAAUUAAUUCAUUUUCUCCAUCUCACUAAGCUUUAUUUUUACCACAGACAUGUAUUUUUAAUAAUUUAAUUUCGUUACAUUUAAUCAUUUAUUCAUUGAAGCUAAGCUGAUAGAGUUUAUAAAAAAAACUAAAAUCGCUUUAUUAUGAAGUGUUCUAUUUAAAUACGAAUGGAAGGUGUCAUGACAUCAA